AUGGGAUUUGAUCAUGAAAAGUUAAUAUUCUAUGUAAAUGGCAAACGAAUCGAAGAUGACAAUGUUGACCCCAGAACUACACUAGCUGUAUAUCUCAGAGACCACUGUAAGUCCAAGCGUUAUCACCAUUUUUUUCUUCUUAAACAGUCUAUAAACUUAUUAGAUUGUUCAAAUACUUCUUUGCCUCCGUGAAAGCAAUUGGCAGGGUUUGGGGCCCAUAAUUUUUUGAACAACCUAAUAUCAUUACAACAAAAGUAGACUAGAAAGUGUAAACACAACUAAUACCUUUCAGUAAACCUAACCGGCACCAAGAUAGGAUGCAACGAAGGUGGUUGUGGUGCUUGUACUGUAAUGCUAUCAGAUUUGGACCCUCUAACAGAAGAAAUACGGUGAGAUAAAUAUUGAUAGAGACUAAACUGUAACUAAACCACCUAGUAAAAUCAGAAACAAUAAGCUUAUGAUCAUCCUCAACAAACUUAACACAAGAAAAUCGCAAACCAGUAAGCAAAUUUUAUAUUUUUUCCUAUUUUUAGACAUUACUCAGCAAACGCCUGCCUUACACCAGUAUGUAUGGUAUUUGGAAAGUGUGUUACCACAGUAGAAGGUAUUGGGUCCGUAGCUAACAAGGAGCUACAUCCUGUACAAGAUAGACUGGCCAAGUAAGUUAUCCGAUAAGGUUGUUCAAAUAAUUCUUAGCCCUCUCUCAAAGCAAAUUUUUGAAAUUAAGGGCUCAGAAUUAUUUGAACAACUUAUUACUUAUUUCGAAAAUUGAUAAUAUUGCAAUUGCUUUUUGAAACUAGCAACUUUUAGCAAAAAAAAUUUUUUCUACUGCCAAAACUUAUCAUACCUUUCCAGAGCCCACGGAUCCCAAUGCGGCUUCUGCACCCCAGGCUUUGUGAUGGCCAUGUACUCGUUACUUCGCAAUAAACCAAAGCCCACAACAGACGACAUAGAUGAAGCGAUCCAAGGAAACUUGUGCAGAUGCACCGGAUACCGACCUAUUCUAGAAGCCUACUACUCCUUUGCUGAACAACAACAGAAUGGCCUACUGAAAGCAAAUGGUAACGGAGUUGAGAGUAGCUGUGCUAUGGGAGAAAACUGCUGUAAAAAGCGGAAGGUUACACAGGAUUCUGGAAAUCGAAAAGAAGUUAGCCAACUCGCAGAUCUGUCCAAAUGUGAACCUUACGAUCCUAGUCAAGAACCUAUAUUUCCUCCGGAAUUAAAGGUUGGUUUAGGAAGAUCUAUCUUAUUUUGUGACAAUAUAUGAAACACUAAAAUCAAGUUUUAUAGUAAAAACUAUAACAUGACUGUUUACUAUAUGAAGCAUGUCAAAGAGAAUCUAUUGUAUUAUCAAAUACCCUUUUUCAGCUCCACAAACUCCACAAGCACUCCUUCAUCCUUGACUCAAACAACACAAAGUGGUUUGCCCCCACAACCUUCGAUGAACUCCUGAGAAUCAAGAGAACAUACCCAAACGGCCGCUUCAUUUCCGGCAAUUCAGAAUUGGCUGUAGAACUAAAAUUCAAAUUUAUCGACCUUUCCGUAGCCAUAAAUCCAAAACAAGUCGCUGAGUUACGAGAAUGUUAUCUCGACAAAGAGAAGAACUCAGUCUAUAUUGCACUAGGUUUGUCGUUAACGGAGAUGAAAGACAGGUUGAACAAGUUUAUCAAAGAACUGCCAGGUAAGGAGCUUCACCACAAGUUUACAAUAGGUAUUACAUGUGGCUACCCACUAUAAUAUACUGAAAUUAUUAUGUUAAAUCUAACAAUUGUCAAAUAUAACCAUAAUAACCAAUAACAAUGCGUAUACGCGAACAAAUCAUAUAUUAAAAAGCAUCAUAUAAAAAUUAAAAUACCUUCCAGAAGAACAAACUGCCGUGCUACGCUCCGUCUGUGCCAUGCUACACUACUUUGCCGGCAAACAUGUUCGUAACAUGGCCAGUGUAGCCGGUAACAUAGCCACAGCCUCUCCUAUCAGUGACCUUAACCCCAUUUGGAUGGCCUCAGGCACAGAAGUAUUGCUCGUCUCAGAAGCUCGUGGAGAAAGGAUCUGUAAAAUUGAUGAGAAGUUCUUUGUAGCAUAUCGUAGAACAGUGAUACAACAAGAUGAAGUCCUCAAGGCAAUCUGGAUUCCACUAACUCGAAAAGGCCAAUUCUUCAGAGCAUAUAAACAAGCACAACGACGCGAAGAUGACAUUGCUAUUGUGACUGGCGCCUUCAUGGCAGAGAUUGAGAAGAAUGAGAUUGUGGAUCUGAAGAUUGCUUAUGGUGGAAUGGCACCAACAACAAAGUUGGCCAGUGAAUCAGUUAAGGGAUUGAAAGGAAGAACAUGGAACAAAGAUCUACUUGAAUAUGCGGCUACACAGAUCGCUAAAGAAUUCACACUGCCUCUGGGAGUGCCUGGAGGAAUGGCACGAUAUAGAAGCACGUUGACAAUCAGCUUCUUCUUCAAAUUCUUUGUUCAUGUUUGCGAAAGUUUAAAAGUAAGUUUCGUUAUACAAAUAUCAACAAAAUAUUGGUUAAGAAUAACAUAAUUUCUCUACGUCAAAAUUUUAAAAGAAAAAAUAAAAUGUUAGUUUAAAAUCAACAUGUACAACAUGAGAAAAGUAACAACUUACAAUGUAAACCAUGAUAAUCUGAAAUCCUUUGUUCAGAUCCCCGGCUUCACAUCGCAUGGAGUAGAAACCCGUGUUGGAGAACCUCAUCUAGCAAAGUACAACUUCACCCAACUAUACCAAGAUGUCCCAAUAGAUCAACUAGAAUCAGACCCCAUCCACAGACCAAUAAUGCAUCAAUCUGGAGAGAAACAUACGACCGGCGAAGCCAUCUACGCAGCCGAUAUCAACCCAGCCAACGCUCUUCACAUGGCCUAUGUUACCUCACCAACCGCUUAUGGUACACUUGGAGCAGUGGACAUUUCCCAAGCUCAACAAGAACCAGGCUAUGUUGACUAUGUUGAUUGGAGAGACAUACCAGGUGAUAUUGUGUUCAACCAUUGGGGAGUACGACUGUUUGCACAAGAUGAAGUACUAUACCAUUGUCAGCCAAUUGGAGCUAUAAUCGCGACAAGUCAUGAAAGUGCAAGAAGAGCUGCAAACAGAGUCAAGAUUGAGGUUACACCUCAGAAACCGAUUGUCACAAUUGAGGUAAAAUUAAAAAGUUAUUAAUAAAGGGUAUUACAGAACAAAUAAUACAAAAAAAGAAAUAAAAGAACAAAAAAUACUACAAAAAUAUAAAAUACUAAAAAAAGCACGAAAAAAUUUCGAAAAAUUCGGAGUUUGAAACAAAUUUUAGCGGAAAAUUUCUACUUUUGGCGUUCUGUUCAAAAUAAUAUUUCCGACAAUUUUUUGUUUCACAGAAAUUUUGCUUUUUUAACGGUUAUAAAGUUUAUAGAAAGUUAGAAAACUUAUUACAUUUUAUGUUAAUGCGUAGAAUUAUAUCUUUGGUAACAUUUUAUACGUAAAUCGAUGUUAAGGAUGCAAUUGCGGCAGAAUCCUAUCACAUGGACAAAUUCAAAGUCCACUCACAGUUGGCUGAAAACCCUGAUGCUGAGUAUAAGCCCACAGAUUGGAAAAAAUAUGACAGGAUUAUUGAAGGUGAGGAAUAUUUGAUUUUAAAUAUUGUAGUAGGUUUUGAAACAAAUUUAGAAUUUUGUGUUAGGUUUAAGGGAAUUUUCUUGUUUUCUUUUCAUUAUUGAUGUUUAUGGUAAUGUAGAUCUCACAAAUUCUCUAAUAUUCCGUAUUCUUACCUUUUGUAAAUUAAGUUAACACAAUGAAUAUAUUCUUUAGGAUCAAAUCGUAUGAACGGUCAAGAGCACUUUUACCUGGAGACGAACAAUUGCUUGGUGAUUCCGGGUGAAGAUGACGAGAUGGAGAUCGUAUCUUCAACACAAUGUGUGGAUGAUGUUCAAGGAGAAGUGGCAACAGUGUUGGGAGUGCCGCGACACAAGAUUGUGGUCAAAGUAAAGAGAAUAGGGGGUGGAUUUGGAGGAAAGGAAAGUGUUUGUGGCAUGUUUGCUUGUACUGCUGCUAUUGCGGCUAAAAAGUAGGUUCAUAAGUUUAAAAUUAGGAUAAUGGGUUUACAAUACUUCAUGGCUAUUGAAAGCAAAGUCAUUGUCUAUGGGGAUGUUGUUACUUACACGAAUUUUGCGGUUUAUAUCAGGUUUUGAUAUUUUUUUAAAUGAUUUGAAUGCUUUUUAGACUUCGCAGACCGAUAAAGUUUGUAUUAGAAAGAUAUGAUGAUAUGGCUAUCUCUGGAACUCGGCAUCCGUUCAGAUUUGACUAUAAAGUAGCUGUGGAUGAGAACAACAAGUUUAAGGAUAUUGAAGUACAUUGCUAUAAUAACAGUGGACAUGCUAUCGAAUUGUCGAAGGGUGUUUUAGGUAGGUAUAUUUCGUUCUUUUCUAUAAAGUUUCUUUUUUUUUAUUCGAAUUUUGAACAUCUUUGGUCAAUAAAUAUUUAGCUUUGUUGCUGUAAAAGUAACUGGAAGUUGUAUUGAAAAACCACGCAUAAUAACUUUUUUAUGUUGUACUUAAUGAUAUUGCAGAAAGAGCAUUGGUUCAUCUUGACAACGUUUACAAGUUCGGCAAUGCUGAUUUUUAUGGAAGAAUGUGUAAAACGAAUUGUGCUUCAAAUACAGCGUUUCGUGGCUUUGGAGGACCUCAGGGCAUGUUUGGCAUGGAAUCCAUCGUCAAUCAUGUAGCAGAGGAGCUUGGAAUUGAUGUAGAUGAGGUAAUAACUCUUGUUUGCUAUAGUAAACAAAAUUUUUCACUUAAAAAAACUAAAUUUUUCACUUAAAAAAACUAAAUUUUUUACCUAUAAACUAUUUUUUUAUUGUUUUUUGAUGGUAACAGGCUUUUUGAUUAUAAAAAUAUAAGUUUUUAAUUAUAUUUUUUGAUUUUAUCAUUAUUUUAGUUAAGACACAACAACAUGUACAACGAAGGCGACUGUACUCCAUUUGGUAUGCAUCUAAACCAGUGUAACAUACGAAGGUGCUGGGAAGAGUGUAUUGAGCACAGUAACUACAAGGAACGAAAAGAAGAUGUAGCAGCCUUUAACCGCAAGUAUCAGUACCGCAAGCGUGGUAUCUACCUAACUCCAACCAAGUUUGGUAUUGGUUUCGGAUUCAAACAACUGAAUCAAGCUGGUGCACUGGUCCACAUUUACAAAGAUGGAUCAGUUCUGGUUACUCAUGGUGGAAUGGAGAUGGGUCAAGGCUUACAUACCAAAAUACUCCAGAUAACUGCCAGUUGUCUGGGUGUGCCAAUUGAGAUGGUACACUUGAAUGAUACGGCCACUGAUAAGGUACCAAACGCAUCACCUACGGCCGCUUCUGUGGGCAGUGAUAUGAAUGGGUUGGCAGUUCAGAAUGCUUGUGAAUUACUGAAUCAGAGAUUGGAGAGGUUCAAGAGAGAGAAUCCGAAUGGUACUUGGAAGGACUGGGUCUGGACGGCGUACUGUAACCGGGUUUGUUUGUCACAAACUGGAUUCGGAAUGUGAGUUUUAUUAUUUUUGGUUUAAUUGACACAAUGUGCAUAUUAUUGUACAUGGUAAUGUUAUUUUACAUUUUAAUGCUAUUUUCGUUAUUCAGAAUCCACCACGAAACCGUUGAUUUCAUGAAUGGCAAAGGAGCCGAGCUAUUUGGCUACCAAGUGUACGGUGUAGCAUGUUCAGAAGUGGAGAUCGACUGUCUUACAGGCGACCAUCAUUUACUUCGGACUGAUAUUGUGAUGGAUAUUGGAGAUUCUCUGAAUCCAGCUAUUGAUAUCGGCCAAAUCGAAGGUGCUUUCGUCCAAGGCUACGGAUUAUUCACCAUGGAGGAGAUCAAAAUACGGCCGGAUGGAGUUAGACUAACUAGAGGACCUGGCAAUUACAAGAUACCAUCAGCUGACGAUGCGCCUAGACACUUCAACGUGAGAUUGUUAAAGGGUUCAUCGAAUAAGAGGGCUGUGUUUUCUUCAAAGGUAAGGUUAAUAUCAAUGUGGUUGAUUAUACUAUUUAUUAACAUAGAUUGUAUUUUUAUUGGGUUUUUAACUUAAAGUUGGAUGUUCCAUCUAUUUAAGCUUUUAACGGUUGAUUUGAAGAUUAAUACAUUGUUUUAGGCAGUAGGAGAACCUCCUUUGUUCCUCGGCGUUAGCGUCCUGUUUGCCAUCAGGGAAGCUGUCAAGGCUUAUCGUGAACAAAAUGGCCAUAAAGGAUACUUCCGUUUCGACAGUCCAGCGACGCCUGAACGAAUCAGAAUGGCCUGUUUGGACGUGCUGACCGAAAGAAUACCAAACGGAAUUGAACACGCCAACUUUACUCCUUGGACUGUAGAAUUGUAA